AUGGUCAACACAGAAGUGAGAAAUUACAACUCCCAGGUGGAGCAAUUGAGGGAUAGGGAGUACCCCAUGAUCAAAGAUUCAAUAUAUCUUGACCACGCCGGAACAACACUCUAUGCGAAGUGUUUGAUCGAGAGAUUUUCCGCAGAGCUGAUGUCGAACUUAUUGGGCAACCCUCACUCAGCUUCGUCAUCUUCUCAGUACAGCACCUCUCGUAUUGAAGAUACUCGCCUCCGGCUUCUCCGGUUUUUCAACGCUGACCCCGAGGAAUUUGAUUUGGUUUUUGUUUCCAACACCACAGCCGCGAUUAAACUUGUUUCCGACGCCUUCCGAGCCUUGCCAGAGGGCUUUUCUUACGUGUAUCAUGAAGCCUGCCAUACAAGCAUAAUAGGGGUUCGUGAAGAGGCGCGCGAGAGCAUAUGCGUUGCAAACGACGGCGUGAGACGGUGGAUAAACGGAAAAUCUCCUCUGGAUGAUUUGUACGCAUCGGACUCGCCCACACUAUUUUCCUACACGGCUCAGUCUCACUUGGAUGGGCGGCGUUACCCUUUAACGUGGCCAUCUCUGCUACGAGAAUCGCCUGCCGCAUCACACGGGCAAUUAUAUACGUUAAUGGACGCAGCCUCGCUCGUGGCUACCUCCCCUCUAGAUCUCAGUGCCUCUGAGACGGCGCCCGAUUUCACGGUUCUGAGUCUUUACAAAAUCUUUGGCUUUCCAGACCUCGGUGCCUUGAUUGUUAGGAAACAGGCUGAGCCGGUUUUGAAUCACAGGCGCUAUUUUGGCGGCGGUACUGUCGAUAUGGUCGUUUGCGGAAAAGAAAGAUGGCAUUCUCCGAAACCUACGUUUCUGCAUGAGAGGCUGGAGGAUGGCACUUUACCAUUCCAUAACAUCAUUGGACUUGAUGCUGCUCUAGACGUUCACGCAGAGCUUUUCGGCAAUAUGGCUCGCGUGGCAUCGCACACAGGAUUCCUGAGAGACCGGCUAUAUGAUGGACUAGCCAGCCUCAAACACGGAAAUGGAUUGCCUGUCUGUACUAUUUACUCAGAACGGCGCAGCGAUGAGGCUGGCUCAGUUGGAUGCGGGCCACUCAUUUCGUUCAACAUUCGCGACGCGGCCGGUGCCUGGAUCAGUCUGUAUGAGCUUGAAAAGCUAGCUACACUGAAGAACUUACAUAUUCGGACCGGCGGCGUCUGCAGUCCCGGAGGCAUCGCCUCGGCACUCGGCCUGAGUCCGUGGGAGAUGAGAAAGAAUUUCUCGGCUGGCUUUCGCUGUGGUACUGACCAGGAUGUCAUUGCCGGAAAGCCGACUGGCGUCAUUCGAGCAAGUUUAGGUGCGAUGAGUAGUCUUUCGGACGUUGAUUUUCUAGUCGGCUUUAUCGACGAAUUCUAUCGAGAAGAAGUCGCAGUUGGCCACGACUGUCACGUGGAAAGAACGACCCCAUCGAUAGGGUUCCAAGUCCAGGGCAUAAGCGUCUAUCCCUUAAAAAGCUGUGGCGGUUUUUCGGUUCCCCUUGGUAUGGCUUGGGAAAUCAUGCCAGAAGGUCUGGCUUGGGACAGAGAAUGGUGUCUUGUCCAUCAAGGAUCAGGACAAGCACUGAGCCAGAAGAGGUAUCCCAAGAUGGCCCUCAUCAAACCCACCAUUGAUUUCGAUAGUGGCGUGCUGCGUGUCUCGUACAGAGGGAUGAAACCUCGUCACCUACCCAACGAGAUCUCAGUACCCCUAUCUGCGGAUCCCACUUGCUUCGAAUCGUAUUGCUGUUCUCGCGUGAGGUCUUCCCGAGUAUGCGGCGACAAUAUUACGAUACAAGUCUAUGCUUCCGAUCACGUCAAUGGCUUCUUCAGCGAUAUUCUCGGCGUUCCAUGCGCAUUGGCAAGGUUUCCAGCGGGAGGACUGGGGCUAAGCAUGCGUCACUCGAAAGCCAAGGUGCAAAAAUAUCAGCACUCUCCCGUCGGCGCUCCAAGGGCAUGUCUUGGGGCUUCUCCAGAGCUGCCCUCUCCACCGGACUCGGACUCUGAGCAAUCACUAGCAAAGAUUCUACUUUCCAACGAAAGUCCAAUACUGCUGAUCAACACAUCAAGCUUGCGCGCUCUGAACCACGAAAUCCAGGCGACAGGCGGGAGGCCUGUUCCUUCCGAGGCAUUCCGAGCCAACAUUCUUGUCGGGCCAACUCAGGACUCUAACCAUCUACCAUGGGCAGAGGAUGAAUGGAAAAAACUCACAAUUGGUGGCGAGGACUUCAAUAUGCUGGGAUCCUGCCGCAGAUGCCAGAUGGUAUGCGUUGACCAAGAGAGUGGCGAAAGGCACCAGGAGCCUUUUGUGACGCUGAGCAAAGUAAGAAGGUUCGACGGUAAGGUGUACUUCGGCACGCACAUGAGCCAUGAGUCUGUUCCAAAGUUCCCUACAGACAGGACGCAGUAUCCGGUGAUAAGAGUUGGUGAUAUGGUCAGUGUAGGAGCAUGGUGUACUUCUCAGUGA